AUCCGCUCCGUUUUAAUGUGUCAGUGUGCGUAUAUAUUUUUCGACUUUAUCAAUUUAGUCUUGGAAAUAAGUAAAUUUUGGAAAAUUGUUUCUUGAGUGUCGGCCUGGAACAUCCGAAAAUAUCUUACUGAACUUUUGUGAUUACAUUCAUCAUGGAGUAAACAGGACAUUUUUACAGCUGCACACGUUUCAUACGCCGGAUAUGCGUAUUAAUGCAACAGUCAGAAAGCUAAUUAUACGCACUGUAUCGACCUCGAGUUUAUCUUAACAGUAAUUAGACAGUGAAGAGGAAAUUGCUUCUGAUUAUAUAUUAUUUUAGGAAGCAAUAAUGGAAAGACGUAAUAUCACCUUCAAUUACCUUGAGCUGUUGGAACAAAUUGAACGCCAAAUUAAAAACUAUUCUAUAAACGACACUAGCUCUGAUGACACGGCAAUUUUCCAUGUUCCGAUUGCAAUUGUUGUAGUCCUAGCUAUUCUAUAUGGAUCAAUUUCAAUAAUCGCAAUAAUUGGAAAUGGCUUGGUUAUUCUCGUCAUAGCAAAAGAUAAACGAAUGCAAACGGUUACGAACAUUUUCAUCGGGAAUUUAGCAGUUGCAGAUGUUAUCAUUGGAUUAUUCACAACGCCGUUUCAAUUUCAACCGGCACUGCUCCAGCGAUGGGAUUUUCCAGAUUUCCUUUGCAGUAUAGCCCCAUCGUUUAAAAUUUUGUCAGUUAGUGUGAGCGUGUUUACUUUAACAAUAAUAUCAUUGGACAGAUAUGUGGCAGUCAUAUAUCCUUUGAAAGCAGGGUUUUCAAAGUCACUGGCAUUUAUAUGUCUUGCUUUGAUAUGGAUCUUGAGUAUUGGCAGCAGUUUCCCUGAAGGUUAUUUUCAUUCAGUUCGGCCAGUGUAUGAUAUGGACACGUAUGAGAGUAAGCCCUUUUGCCUACCGCAAUGGCCUACAGAAGAUUUCGGAAAAUAUUACCACCUCUAUUUGGUAUCGGUUCAGUACUUCUUUCCCUUAUUAGUGAUUAAUUUCUCGUACACAAGGAUUGCUUGUCGCAUCUGGGGAACAAAAGUACCAGGCAACGCCAUAGACAGAGAUAACGUACGGCAAAGAACCAGGCAAAAGGUUGUCAAGAUGCUCAUUAUCGUCGUGCUCUUGUUUGCUUUCUGCUGGAUGCCGUUCCAGUUGUACGGAAUUAUUUCAGAAUUUCAGCCGGAUAUAAACGGAUACAAAUAUAUCAAUGUUAUCUGGUUUUGUUUCAACUGGCUGGCCAUGAGUAAUUCCUGCUACAACCCAUUUAUAUACGGACUACUUAAUGAAAAAUUCAAAAGAGAAUAUCGUCUCUUGUUGUCAAAAUUGUACUGCGUGAGAAAAUGUACAACUUCUGAUACUUGGCUAGCAGGAAAUGAGAACUCGGAUGAACCUAAUGAAACAAAAAGGAUAACCCUCACAUUUAGAGCAGGACAAAGUUUUCGACAGGUUUCAGCAGGCAGUAAGAUACGGAAUGGAAAUGGUAAAGGAAAAUUAAAGUAUACAGCUAUACCUGCGAAUUGUCAUGGUCGCUGCGAAGAUACUGAUCAGACUUCGUGCUAAAAUGUCGCCUGCUACUGCGUUGUGAAUUAAAUCACGUAAUGUGUAUUAAGAAAGAUGUGUAUAAGUCUGUGACGGAUAUAUUUAAAAACGUAAGGGAGACAUCCCCAUUGACUCGACUCAGUCUGUUAAUUGCGGGAAGAAGACGUGAGCAUUUGAGAUCGCGGAAAUCACAGUUCGAACUGAAAACAAGGACUCGCGGAAUCAGUGUAUAAUUUUUUUUUGUUAUGCGUACUUUCUAUUGACGGAUGAACAUAAUCCUAGGAAAGGUAGAUUGUAAUGGAAUACAUGCAUGCAUUGCCAUAAAGGUUAUAAUGGUUACAGAGUAUAUUUUAUGAUUUUAUUGUCUCUCUGUGUUUACUUGACGGUGCAAUUACAAGAGAAUAAGAAAGACAGUGUGAAUUCACCUUUGGCUGAUGAAGCCAAAUACUUAGUCUGAAAUUAUAUAGACCGUAUAGAGAUAUGCUAUAGGUUAUGUUUAUGUUUCUCUGCCUUUAGAUAUUUAUUCACGUGUAUUAUUCUUGGAUUUUAAUCAUAAACUUACAUGGUAUUGGACUCAGUGUUGUGAUUAUCUCUGAACCGUUUAGGUUCAUGGAGUCCUUAUAUAAUGUUAAGUUUCAAUAGAAAUUACGUUAUAGUCACAUCUAAUUGGCAAAAUGGUUAUUUGCGCGCUUAAUUACACUUCAUGUAUGGACAGACUCAGUCAAGCCGUGUCAGAUUGUUUGCCUUGUAUGCUCCCACAUGAUAUCCUAAUUGGUUUUGACUAAAUUGUAAAUGGAGCAUAAAUUCCAAAUAUUUGCUUUGGCUUAAAUUGUUACAACCCAUAACAAAUAGGAAAAAAUAGAAACUCCACAGGUUGCAGGCUCAGUUUAAUUGAGCCUAUUCAUGCUUUUUAAUGAUACCAUGUCUUUGCCUUGUUGUGUAGUGAUUUUUAAUUAUCAUAAUAUCAUAAAGUAAACUUGUAUUUUGAGAGUAUAUCCAUUGAGCACCUAUAAACUUAAUAACCAUUGGAGCACUUUCAUACCUCCGUGGAAAUAACAAUUAAAGUCCCUCAUCCUUUGAAAAAGAUUUAUCCGAGCUUGAAAUAAGGAAUUUUAUGAGUUCAGGAUUAACUAAAUAUGUAGUGAAAUUCCAUGUAAACCUUGGACUCGCAAGGACAGUUGCAUAUUUCGUCAAGACGCGCUCAGACGGCGUAUGUUGUUAUUUUUUUUUGGCUGCGUUAUUUGCUUCAAGGAAUCUUGUUACAUAUUUUAUUAACUAGCUGGCUUUUACAGCCCUUGACUAGAAAUGUAUAUAUGAGACUUGCAACGACUGUUUCUCAAUAUUUUAAUGCGCAAAACUAAGAUAAAUUUGACGUAGAAAUUGUUUUAUCACGCAUUUUCCGAGUCCACCGCACGUACGCGAAGAUGCAAAAGCUCUGUUUUAGCAAGGGAAAUAAAUUAUAUGAUAAAUACUGUCUUCAUACACCUUACAUUUGAUAGGAUAUAUAUAGUUCCAAUAUUCACCUUACUCUUACGUUAUAUAGGACCUCUAUAGAUCAUAUUCUACUAUUUACAUUAUUCUCUGUCUUGCAUUGCUAAAUGUUAAGAACUUCGUGCAUUAAAGUAAAUUAGCACUUUGAAUACAUGUACCAUUUCAAAAUUUCUAGACGUUGACAGUAUAUAUAAUCCUGAAAAAAUGGUUAUUACAAGUAAAAUUCUAGAUUAUUGAAAUGAUAUUUAUUUAUUCCAUGCUACAGUAUUGCCAAAAUAUCAUAUUUUUUGCAUUGCAUCUGUUAAUAUAAUCAUUACGAUUUAAAGCUAAAUAUUUAUUUGUCUGUUUGCAUAACAUGCCUGUUUCAAACAAAGUUUUAUGCUAAGAAUUUUUUAACUUAUAAGAGCUGAAAUAAGACUUUUCUCGGAACACAUUACAAUUAGUCUGAACAGUCACAAAUAUGUUGUAUAUGUUAUAAAAUGGUGCUUCCGAUGCAAAAUAAUCAUGAAAUUUGAAAAAAAUUGAAAAAUUUUGACUAUAUUUUACAUAGAUGCGCCUAUUUCUGCAGCGAUUUUUGGGAUAAAAAGGCAAUUUUUUUUUGUCUCCAGAACGUCAGAAAAUGCACAAACUACAUCCAUCUGGGCCUUUUUUUAUGACGGAAUGAAUGAUAUUUCAGAAUCCAAGUAAAAAAUAAUGCAAACAUGUGAAACCUUUACCAAAAUUGUGAAGAGACAAUAUGGCCUAAAUUUAGCCCAGUAAAUUGGUAGGAGGUGGCUUCAAUUAAAUGCCUAUAUUUCUCUAAAAACAUGAAUUUUCACAAUGAAACUUGGUCAUAUGUUUGGUAUUACAUUAUUCUUGAAAAUAGAGAUGAAAAUGUUAUGAAAUUUGCUAAAAAAUAUUUCAUAUAGACGUUUAUUUCAUAUAUUAUCAUUUGUAUGUUUUCAUUAUAUUUCAUAAAAGCAAUUAUAUGACAGAUCUACCUUAAUUUAGUUUGGUUCAGAUUUCUCGAAAAGCCGAAGAGCAACACGAAACGACACAGAAUGAUGUUCGUGAAAUACCUUACCCCUAAGUUCAAACAUCGUCCUAAAAACGUUUAGUGAUACGGAACCUAGGGCUCAGAUGUUUUGACUUAUUACAUAAUAUAAAUAAAAUAUUCAGCUUAAAUCAUACUGUCAGAUAACAUAUGCACUGUUUAAGCUUACAAUGGCAGCAAACACAUCAUGGCCAAUACACAUAUCUAAAUGUUUAUGUUUUGACACAUCAAUGACAGGGUCAAUUUUUUUUGGUGACGAUUUGAUAUAUAAAAGACAGUGUGUCUGAUGGUAUUCCGUUCCCCACCUCUGAUUCGUUACGUGUGGAGAAACAGGUUUGUAUUGGUACAGAAACACUUGUUUGGUAAACUGCCUGCCGUUAAAUACCUAAAAUACUGUUAAAUAAAAAGCGUGCUUUACCUUAAACAAACAGCUUAUUACC